CUUCAUGACGUGAUGCUGGAUCACGAAACCCAUCAGAGCUAUACAGGCUGUAAAUACGCGGCAACAAAUUUUCUCAUCUUUCAACAGCAAGACUUUGAGCCGCAAGAAUGGCCUCUCGCCCCACCGUCAACGUCUUCGGCGCCUCCGGAGAGGCGUCCACCUCCCUCCCGCUCCCCGCCGUUCUGACCGCCCCGAUCCGUCUGGAUGUCGUUGCGCAGGUCCACAAGAGCGUCGCCAAGAACAAGCGCCAGGCGUACUCCGUUAGCGAGAAGGCCGGCCACCAAACCAGUGCCGAGUCUUGGGGUACCGGUCGUGCCGUCGCUCGUAUCCCCCGUGUCGGUGGAUCCGGAACCCACCGUGCUGGCCAGGCCGCAUUCGGAAACAUGUGCCGUGGUGGUCGUAUGUUCGCCCCUACCAAGACCUGGCGCAAGUGGCACGUCAAGGUGAACCAGAACCAGCGCCGGUACGCGACUGUCUCGGCUCUCGCUGCUUCGGCUCUGCCUUCCCUUGUCCUCGCCCGUGGUCACCGCAUCGAGCAAAUCGAGGAGGUUCCUCUCGUUGUUGCUUCUGCCGCCGAGUCUUUCACCAAGACCAAAGAGGCUGUUGCCCUCCUCAAGAGCCUCAAGGCGUACUCGGAUGUCGUCAAGGUGUCGAACUCGCGCAAACUCCGUGCUGGAAAGGGAAAGAUGCGGAACCGCCGUCACCGCCAGCGCCGCGGCCCGCUUGUUGUGUACAACGAGGACCAGGGUAUCGUCAAGGCGUUCCGCAACCUGCCCGGUGUUGAGGUCGUCAACGUGCGCCGAUUGAACCUGCUCCAGUUGGCUCCUGGUGGCCACCUCGGUCGUUUCGUCAUCUGGACGGAGGGUGCCUUCGCUUUGCUUGAUGAGGUGUUCGGUACCUUCGACAAGGUGUCGUCGUUCAAGAAGGAUUACGUCCUGCCCGCCUCGAAGAUCACCAACCCCGAUGUGACGCGUCUGAUCAACAGCGAUGAGAUUCAGUCUGUUGUCCGCCCUGCUGGCCAAAAGGUGCAGAAGCGUCCCUGGACGCAGAAGAAGAACCCCCUCGUCAACAAGGCCGUCCUCUUCCGCCUCAACCCGUACGCCAAGACGAUCCGCCGACAUGAGCUCCUCAAGCAGGAGCGCCUCAAAAAGAAGAACGCGAAGAAGCCGAAGCAGCCGACCGCUGCCGGCGCUGCGUUCACCGAGUCUCUCUUUGCUCCUUGAGCGGUGGUUUUAGUAGCUGUAGGAUUUAUGCAUCGUGCUAUGCUAUGUCAUCAUGUGCUUCUUAUGCCUUAACAUUGUGCCUUCGGCGUGUGAGAUCAGGGUGUAU